UUUCAGGGUCAUGUCAAAAAAGGUUACACGUGAUCAAUAUUUGAUCCCAUCUGGAGCGCAUUUCUACUUGAUUCCACGGCAAUCGUAUGCUUUAUUAUCAGAGGUGGAGAUAAAUGUGACAGCAGUGAAUGUCUUAGGGAACGCCACCUCUGAAACCCUGAAGCUGAUCCCAAUGGAAACGGCUAUGUUCGACCCUCCGGAGAUUAACAGGAUUGAAGCAGAUGUUGUGGGCUGCUUAAAUUACAGCUGGAGUCUUGCAAAAUCUCAGCAAUGGUUGACGACUGCCAUCAGUUUAGAGUUGAGUUUGAAAACAGUAAACAACCAGCAAAACAAAGAGUUGGUUUUGCUCUUCACAAAAAAACAAGAAAGCAAAAUAAAUGUAUGUGACCUUUUUCAUGGUACAAAUUACAGCACCACAAUGCGAGUGAAGUAUAGUUCAUUGAGUAAAUGGAGUAAAUGGAGUGACUGGAGUGAUCCAAAAAUAGCCACCACAGUUAUGAAGGCUCCGACUGGCAGCCUGGACACAUGGCUUAAAGUGGAUGAUCAGAAUGCACAGCUCUACUGGAAGCCUUUAGAAAAUUUCCGUGCCAAUGGCUGGAAUUUGUUCUACACUGUCGAAUCAAAGGAACCGAAAAAUACUUUUUGUGUUACACAAGAAAGCCACUGCUUUUUCAAUUUCACCGAGAAGGUUGAAAAGGUUUUCCUGAGAGCCACUAACGCAGUGUCAAGCUCAGAUCAUACCGAAGUACCAGUGUAUCGGAACAAAGGGCUGGGCUCUGUCUCUAAUUUCAGUGUUCAUCCCCAGUCAGAGACGUCUGUGCUGAUCGUGUGGGAGGGAACACCAGCGUCCCUCAAUGUCACAGGAUACGUGCUUGAGUGGAGACCUCUGUGUGAGACACCGGCAGCUCUCUUGUCCUUUACUCUGAUGGACAAAAACAACUCCAGUACCAUAGUAACAGGGUUAAAGCCUUACAAACCUUAUGAGAUGUCUAUUUAUCCCAAAUAUGAUAAAGGGAUUGGAAUUCCACACACUUUAGUGGCAUACAGCAGUCAGAAAGCACCCUCUGUGGCCCCAGUGUUGCAUUUUAUGGAAAUCAGACAUUCGUAUGUCAAACUACACUGGGAUGAAAUCCCCCUCGAACAGAGAAAUGGGAUCAUUCAAGGAUAUACCGUUUACUUUUGGAAUGAAAUGAACAAUAUCAAAGUUAUAAAGACUGAGGAGACCAGCGUUGUGGUGAGAGAUCUUCAACCACAUACCAAAUAUGAAGCCCUUUUGACGGUUCAUACGAGGGGCGGAAGUUUAAACGGAUCAGUUGUGGCCCUGGCAACUGGACAUAUGGCAGCAGACCGUGACCGCAGCAUUGAUGGAAUUGAAAUGGUGCUGUUUGUUAUCCCAGCAUGCCUUGGGUUAUCACUUCUCGCCAUUGUUGUGUUUGCCUAUAUUGGGAAACAUGAACGGGUGAAAAUGUGUUUGUGGCCUAUCAUUCCUGAUCCUGCCAACAGCAGCAUUAAGAGGUGGACCACCACUGAUUCAAUGCAGGGCAUACCUCCCUUUAAAGAAGACAAGGAGCCCGUGUUGGUGUAUCUGUCCCACUUCAGUCUUCUUGAUCUGGAUGAGAAAGAGCCAUUCAAGAGUGACUAUUUCAAGGAGAAGCAGUGGUCACACGACAUCGACAGUUGUGAUGAGAGUCAUUCCUCUGUCAGACACGAUUCAGAGCACGACAGGGAUUCUGUCCCUUAUGCCACAGUGGUUUUCGGUGGUCCAUAUCAAAACCAUUCAUCCUGUCCGCCAGCCUACGUUCGCUCUGAGUCCACACAACCUCUGUUAGGAGCAGAUGACCCUGGCAGCCCCCCACCGUAUGAGAAUGUGUCACCAAGCUGCAGUGUUUCCAAAGUACAACGCUUCACUACAUUCCCUCAGAAUUCUACUGAAAGUGAGGAGAAUGAAGAACUUUACGAAGAAUUUCCUAUGCUCAGAUCUUUAGAGCUCAGGGAUACUGAUCAUAUCUAAACUCAAAUUCAUCCAGUUCCUAUUGUGUAUGUGCUUCUUUUUCAAGGAUGUGUGUGUCUCAUUUUGAGUUUGAGUAUAGAUAGAAACAUAUAAAAGAAUACAUUCAAACCACAGCUGAAUGUGGCCCAAACCUUACUGAUUUGGCUCACAUGACAGAUGUGUUUUUACAUUUAAAUUACAUCUACAUUUAGUCAUUUAGCAGAUGCUUUUA